ACGGUGCCGCUGCCGCUGCGCUUGGACACAAAUUACAAAACAAAAAAGUCCCUUUUUAGAGUCAAAAUGAAAGCUGGUACCGAGACUAUUGGUUAAUUAAGGUGAGGAUGUUCUCAGGGAGUUACCGGAGUUACGUAAACGGAGACAAAAACAGAAACACUACCGGAGCUGAUGCUAAAUGAAGCUAACUCGGCUAGCUUGGUAACUUAGCUAGCUAGCUUCGCAGACUGCAGGACGUUUUCUCUUCUUCCAGGUCCUCCUUUCUUAUCUCUCUCUCUCGCUCGUUUUCUUUUUUGUUUUACACACACGUAUAUAUAUCUAACGUGAGAGGAGGUUGUUGCGGAACCGGAGCUGUGGCGGGGGGACGCAAAGGGAGGAACCCCCCCCCUCCUGGUGGCUGCUGCCCAGGCGGACGGACCGCAGUGACACGCCGGCUGUGGGAGAGAUCACAGUGGAACCAUGGCCGAACUUUACACCUUAUCCCCAUCACCACCUGCAUUGGGUGACCCUCAUGCAGCUCCAUCCAUCCCUCCGUCCUCAUCAACGCUUCCUGCACCCAGCAGCCCCGCUCUGGAGUCCGCCAGGGAGAUCCCCUUACCCAAGUCGUCCCUCUACAACGACAAAGCUUUGACUGGAAACCCGUCGGGGGGUUCAACCUCGCCUCUCCCCCCACCUGUGAGUCCGAAACCUGCUGCUCGCCGCCCCCUCCCAUCAUUGGUACACGAGGCUGCUCCACAGAUUGAGGAGUCAGCGGGGAAAGAUGCAGAGACUGACGCUCAAGUUAUUAAACAGGAGACAGUGACCAAUGAUCCACUUGCUGCUCCCCCACCUCUGUUAAAUGACCCCCCAGCUCUGUUAAAUGACCCCCCAGCUCUGUUAAAUGAGCCCCCAGCUCUGAGCGAAGUGCCACAGGCGGCGUCCCCCUCUCCAGAGCUCAAUCCUGGUCCUAACCUCUACCCUAAUGUACACGUCACCCACAACCCAAACCCUGUCAUGGAAGACAGUCAGCUUACGGCGAUCCAACCCCAACCCCAACCUGCUGCAUGCUCUGACAUCACGCCUCUUCCCGCAGCGUCCCCCUUCACCGCAGCAGCAGUAGCAGCAGUGGCAGCAGCAGCAGCAGCAGCAGCUGAAGAGGAGGAACCUCAACCACCCCAAGAAGCACAAAACCCCUUAAGUCAGCCUCUUCCACCUCCUGUGUCCCCAAAGCCCGAAACCCCAAAGACACCCACCAGGGCCGAACACUCCAGCCCUUCUGUCCCGACGAUUCACGAGCCGGUCUUUGUCCUCCCUAACCCCAACCGCCGACCGGCCCCUGACACCCUUAGCUAUUUAGAGUCCGCCAGUUUGAUGUCGGGGACGUUGGAGUCUCUGUCUGGUUUGGGAGAGGACGGAAGCUCAAUUGGCUCAGACUCGGAGAUUAACGGUUUGGCUGUGAGACGCACGGAUAAAUACGGAUUCCUGGGUGGGAAUCAGUACAGUGAAGGCAGCGACAAGGAAGUUCGAGUCGAGGUGGCCAGACAGAGGGAGAUGAAAUGGCUCGAUAUGUUCAACAACUGGGAUAAGUGGGUCAAACAUCGUUUCCAGAAGGUGAAAUUGCGCUGCAGGAAGGGGAUCCCAUCAUCGCUCAGGUCCAAAGCCUGGCAGCUGCUGUCUAACAGUCAGGAGCUCCUAGAUAACAACAUUGGGAAAUUUGAGGAGCUGGAGAGAGAGCCAGGAGAAGCUAAAUGGCUCGACAUCAUCGAGAAAGAUCUGCACAGACAGUUUCCCUUCCACGAGAUGUUUGCUGCUCGAGGAGGACACGGGCAACAGGAUCUGUUCCGAAUCCUGAAGGCCUACACCGUGUACCGGCCUGACGAGGGCUACUGCCAGGCUCAGGCUCCGGUGGCUGCAGUGCUGCUCAUGCAUAUGCCCGCUGAGCAAGCUUUUUGGUGCCUCGUACAGAUAUGUGAGAAAUAUCUUCCUGGAUACUACAGCGCCGGGCUGGAAGCGAUCCAGCUGGACGGCGAGAUCUUCUUCUCCUUGCUUCGGCGUACGUGUCCCAUGGCUUACCGUCAUCUCAAGAAGUUCAAGAUCGACCCGAUUCUCUACAUGACCGAGUGGUUCAUGUGCAUCUUCUCUCGCACCCUGCCGUGGUCCUGCGUGCUGCGUGUGUGGGACAUGUUCUUCUGUGAAGGAGUGAAGAUCGUGUUUCGUGUCGGCCUGGUGUUACUCAAACAGAUGCUCGGCUCUGUGGAUAAACUCCGAGAGCUGCAGGGUAUGUACGAGACAAUGGAGCGCCUGAGGAACAUCUCACCCGAGUCUGUCAGAGAGGACAUAUUGGUACAGGAGAUCAUCGUCCUCCCGGUGACCGAGUCGCUCAUCGAGAGGGAGUGCAACAUCCAGGUGAGGAAGUGGCGGGAAUCCAGAGGGGCGUUGACACACGAGCCGGUCCGCCGCCUCCACGGUACGAGGGCCAUCUUCGAGUAUAAGCGACGCGCCGCCGCCAUCAGCUCCGGCGGUAGCUUCUCCUUCCUGGGAAGCUCGAUCCCGCCGCCGGGACCCCUCAGGGCCUCGUCGAGCCUGCUCUCGCUUCCGGGCUUCCGCAAAAACAAAACCCCUUUCCACACCAAGAAGGGCUCCUUCUCCGGACCCUCGGGAAGAGAGUCGCCAACUGUUAGCUUAAAAGCGAGCCCGGUCCACGCCGCCGCCGCUCACAAACCACCCAUUCCUCCGGGGGCGGGGCAGAAGGCGGCGGCCCCCCACGUUCAGAGCCCUCUGGUCGGGAGCGCCACCGCCUCGUCGCAGGGCGCUUCAGCUCCUCCGACUCAAAACACGACACCACCCAACACUCUCUCUCCCUCCCCGAGGAUCACCUCCGAGCAGGUCACUCCCUCCAUCCCCUCUCCGACCGCAAACAACGCCCCUCUGCCGCCGUGCUCGGACCCGAAGAAAGACGCGGAAGCUGCUUCGGCGUCGGCGUCCGAGGCGGCGAGCGGCGAAGAAGACGGCAAGAAAAAGAAGAGGAGCAAAGAAGACAAGAAGAAGGAGAAGGAGGACGAGAAGAAGAAGCUGAAGGAGAAGAAGGAGAAGGAAAAGGCCGAGAAGGAGAGGCUCAAGAAGGAGAAAGAGAGGUUAGAAAAGGAGAAGAAGAAAGGGGGGAAGAAAAAGGACAAAGGUGGAGGAGGAGGAGGAGGAGGAGAGGCUGAGGACAAAAACGGAGCGGCGGCGGCGGCGAGAGAUUCGGCCUAGUUUUUCCACCCCGUCAUUCCAGGAUAAUGAAAAGGGACACUGAACACACACACAGAAUAAAAAGAAAAAAGGAAAAAAAAAAAAAAAAGGAGGUCAGCGGGGAACAAAAGACCCUCGAAGAAACGGAGUGAUAAAUAGAAAAGAGAAAAAAUAAAUAAAAUGGGAUGGCUUCCUGUGUAAAUGCAUCAUUUCGAAGACUUAAUGUUAGUCUAUUGUGGACUAUCGUGGAGAAAACUGGAUUAUGGUUUUUAAUAGCACCUCGAGGGCGGAGGGCAAGGGGGCGG